GCCCAUGACCAAAGUUAAUCAAACCAAACAAUUAACAGUCCCGCUUCCUCUAUUCUAUAUACACUUUAUUGGGGAAAGAUGGGGAGGUUUUCCAAGCUUGUUGGGUUGUUUGCCGUGAUGUUUGUAGUGGUGCUAGCAAUAGCUGAGUGUCGCAAACUUGAGAAAGAAACAUUCUCUGACGGCGGUUUGGGUGGUGGUGCUGGUGGGGGAUUCGGGGGGGGUGUAGGAGGCGGAGGCGGUGCAGGUGGUGGAAUUGGAGGUGGCAAAGGAGGCGGUGUAGGAGGUGGAUCCGGGGGUGGUGCAGGAGGCGGAGUUGGUGGUGGAAGUGGCGGUGGGGUUGGUGGAGGAGCAGGUGGUGGUGCAGGUGGCGGUGCCGGAGGAGGUCAUGGCUUUGGAGGUGGCAAAGGAGGCGGUGUAGGAGGUGGAUCCGGGGGUGGUGCAGGAGGCGGAGUUGGUGGUGGAAGUGGCGGUGGGGUUGGUGGAGGAGCAGGUGGUGGUGCAGGUGGCGGUGCCGGAGGAGGUCAUGGCUUUGGAGGUGGCAAAGGAGGCGGUGUAGGAGGUGGAUCCGGGGGUGGUGCAGGAGGCGGAGUUGGUGGUGGAAGUGGCGGUGGGGUUGGUGGAGGAGCAGGUGGUGGUGCAGGUGGCGGUGCCGGAGGAGGUCAUGGCUUUGGAGGUGGCAAAGGAGGCGGUGUAGGAGGUGGAUCCGGGGGUGGUGUUGGUGGAGGAGCAGGUGGUGGAAGUGGAGGUGGUGUUGGUGGAGGAGCAGGCGGUGGUGCAGGUGGCGGUGCCGGAGGAGGCUUUGGAGGUGGCAAAGGAGGUGGAGGUGGUGUUGGUGGAGGCUCUGGGGGAGGUGUUGGUGGUGGAGGUGGUGCUGGUGGAGGUGCUGGUGGAGGCUUUGGGGGUGGGAAAGGUGGUGGUGUUGGAGGAGGAGUUGGUGGGGGAGGUGGUGCAGGUGGUGGUGCUGGCGGAGGUUUUGGGGGUGGGAAAGGUGGUGGUGUUGGAGGCGGUGCUGGUGGUGGCUUUGGUGGCGGUGCUGGCGGUGGUGGAGGAAUUGGUGGUGGAUUUUAAAUCCCAAAUUCAGCUAUAGCCCAAGUUAGCCUGCAAAAGUCGUGUGUUAUAUGCUAUCGUGCAUGAAAAUGUAUUGCCCUUAAACUACAGAGAAUAAAUGAAGAGCUGUAACGUGCUUCACUUUUAGCUUUUA